UUAUCAUCUUAGCCUGCAUGAAACGCUGCGUUUUCCUUGAGGGUUAGACCCAUGUUCUUCUUCGUCUCUCUAGAGCUCAUGGCGAUUAGAGUUCCACAAUCGUUCUUUCGUCUUCUUCCUCACUGUACGAAACGAUACCAGUUACCUAAUAAUACUCUUAAAACCCUCCAUUAAUACAUCACCCACGAUCCUUCCCUCUAAGCAAUACAGUAAACUUAUAUCCAGAAUAUAGCUAACGCAGUGAUCUUCCUUUCCGAUCUGAGGACCAUACGAUGCUCAUCCACCGUUCAAGUCAGUUUGCUCUGCUUCUGGGAGGUCAGGAACGUCCGACGCGUCAGCGAACUCAUAGGAUUCGAUAUGUUGCUGCUUGAUUCUCAGUCGACCAUGAUGCCGGCGACGGUGAAUAUGAACCGGCUUGCAACUCACAGCCCUAAUCUGAAUACGGUUUCACUAUAUUCCCUAGCCGGUUUUGAUGUGCCCCGAUGUAAUCGGAAUUACCGACUGUCGGACUCCUCUAUGAUGUUUUGUUUCGGAAAGUCUACCUCUUUUGAUGAGAUAACCGAACCGGCUAUUCCGAUAGGUGUGGAAUCUUUUCGGUUCCGUAAUCACAGCGAGCUGCUUGGUCUUGCCAGCACAAACUCUCAGCUUCCAGACAUCGUCGGUGAGAUAGCUGCCGUGAAGAGCACUAUAACCGAACCUCUGCAGAACAAUAACCGUCUGACGGCAACCAUUAAAAUGGAUAAGUUACUAAUUGUUCCAUAUUUAUCAAUUUAGAUUCUAAUACUGGUUGUCUACUUUAAAAAGUAUUACAUUUUGAUCACUUUUUAUGUAAAUGUUAUCAGUGAUGUUUCGGUGACUAUGAGUCUGUUCGACUCACAGGCUGUCAAGCUCCACAAACAACUUGAAUAAUGGGUGGUGAUCCAAGGGUUCUGGUUCCAACCAGUAUCAACCCAAAAUUGUGGGAGGUCGUCUGUUUCUGAAUGCUACUUCAGGCACACACAUAUAUUUUGACAAGGAAACCACCGCAGGGGAGAAUUAUUCUACAGGCUGGUUGCCCAAUACACCGGGUUUCCAUCAGCAGCUCAAUUGCCAAAGAGCUACGUCAAGGAGAUUGAUUUCAUCUGCACCGUGAAGGUCACUGGUAUCAAGCUUAGAUAAUGGAUGGUGUUAUGUUUCUUACUCCAACCGCAUCAAGAAGCUCCAACACACUGUCUGAGCUUUCACCUGUCUGCAUUGUACUAAUACUAAUGCUGUUGGUGUCCUAAGAUAUCGGGUGGAGAUGUCCAUUGAAGAUGAAACUGCUGAAGGCCUCUUUGUUUGUUUUGGCAGGGUUAUGACAAAACUGAAUAAUACGAGAGCCUACGAAGCUGACCAUGUUUUGGCUGGUAUGGUUUGAACCCGGAGGACACUCAGGCACCUCCAUUUGUUGCAGGCAUGGAGUGUAGGGGACCUAGACGUUCCAGGUCAAGGUCGGUGCAUACAACUUCACUGCAAACCAUCAAACCUUUAUGAUCUCCCGCAUCCUUAGUGAAGGUGACCGUAUGCUGCUCCAUAAAUUUAUUGGCAAUGGAGGCGAUGAUGACAAUGGAGACAACAACAGUGGUGCCAUCUCGGUUCGUUCUAAGGUGGAGACUGGUGGUAGCAGUCAGGUGCAAGGAUCCUCGGAAGUUAAGAAAAAUGGAUCCUUUUUUUCCCCUGUUUUGUUGACAACAUGGUCUUUGAAUCUUGGUUAUUUUAUGUUUGUUUACAGACAAGCUUUAUAAAAUCUAGAAAAAAUUGCCAAAAGAGAACAUAAAAACAACUACAUUGUCCCUUUGCCAUAAAUCAUUUUUUGGUCUGUUUUGGACGUAGAUACCCUUGAAUAACUUUAGAAAAUCAUAUCAAUUAUUUUAACAGUCAGAAAAAUAUGGAAAAAUAAUCAAACUGUAUAUAAACAAGUAACUAUCAUAUGAAAAAUAAUUUUAUAGACUAAAUAUUAUUAUAUCAAAAUAUCAUACUUUGAUCUACGGACAGAAGAAAACUUAAUCUACCAACUACGGGCCGUAGAUAGUAUAUUCAUUAAAUAACUUAGUUAUCUACAUCUGGUAGAACAAUUAUAUCUACCAAUGUACACUUCUCUACCAUCGUAGAAACAAUCAGCUGCCAGUAAAUACAUUUCUACCACGGUAGAUUUGUUCAGCUUCCAUUUCCCUUAUUUCUGGAUUUCGGUUGAUUUCAUUAACUAUGUUUUCUGAUAUAUCUACUAAUGUUUGAUUGGCAUUUUCUACCAAAGUACUAUAUUCUACCGUGGGCGGGUUAUGCAGCCUACUGUUUUAUCUACUGUCUACGGCCGUAGAAGGUAUAUUCUACCAAGUGCGAAAUGUAUAUUUUCCUAAAAUAUCUCUAAAAUCUGUUGAGAAUAUAUUUUAAAUAAAUAUUUGCCUUAUUUUUCGUGUUUCCUAAGUUGGUUUUUUUUAAAAAAACGUGUUCUCUUCUUCAUCCUCAUCGAUCUCUUUUUUUCUUUGGAAACCAUCAAAUUUUUUUGAAUUUCUUGGUGAAGAAGAUGCAUAUUUAUGGUUCUUGUGGGAUGUGGAAGUUUGAUCCCCAAAAAGGGUGGGGAUUUGAUGUUGAUAUGAAAAAACGAGGCAGAGUACUAGUUUUGGAAUUGACAAGUUCCUUUGAAGAUCUAAGGGUUAUGGUUUUCAAGGAUUUUGGAAUUGACGAAAACGAUGUCGAGCUUGAGUUAAGCUACCUACCUAUGGAGUUAAUCGGCACCAUCGACUGUCCCCCAGUUAUCAUUGAGAAUGAUAGCCAAGUCAAAAAUUUUCUUACAUAUGUACGUGGAAAACCUUCGACAAGGUUGUGUGUGUCUACUUCGCUUAUGCAUGGGAACAACGACAGCAUUGGCGUUGAUAAGGAGGAAUCUAACUCGCCAUUCAGAGAGGUCGGUGAAGCUUCCUCGGUUUCAGCUAGAGAUGAGAGUGGUAGUUCAUCUGAUUGUAACGCGAACGGCUCAGAAGAAGAUGAUCAUCUCGCCAUACGUGGAAAAGAAGAUGAUAGGGGGAAAAGUGUUCGAUUUUCUUUGAUCGAUGUUGUGAAGAAGGGUGAAACGUUUCAAAACAAGUCGAUGUUGAAAGCAGCGUUGGAAAUGUCAGCUACGAAGCAUAACUUCGAUUACAAAGUUGUUAAAUCGGACAGAAAACUUUGGUACAUUCGAUGCAUUGACAACCAUUGCAACUGGAGUGUUCGUGCUGAAGGGUUAUCAGGCUCCACAUAUUUCAUCAUCAAAAAAUAUGUGGCGGAUCAUACAUGUGCUGCGUCGAGUAUGAAUAAUGGUGGUCGGAUACCUUCUGCAAAAACUAUUGGCAGUAUAAUAAUGCAUAGAUAUGAUGGUGUGAAAGAAGGUCCGAAGACUAAUGAUAUCAUACAGAUUAUGAGAAUGGAUCAUGGAUGCGAGAUAUCUAAGUCGUUAGCAUGGGAUGCUCGUGAAUUUGCAAUUCAUGUGGUUCGAGGUAUUCCGGAGCAGAGUUUUGGAAAAAUUCCGAAAUAUUUGUACAUGCUGAGGGAAGCUAAUCCAGGAACACAGACGUUUUAUGAAACUGAUGUUGAUGGUAAAUUCCGAUUUCUAUUCCUUUCGUUUGGGCAAUCAAUACGAGGUUUUCACACAUCCAUGCGGAAAGUUCUUGUUGUUGAUGGGACAUUUUUGAAGAGCAAGUACAAAGGAGUAUUACUUGUUGCUACAGCUUUAGAUGGAAACUCUAACUUGUAUCCUAUUGCAUUUGCGGUUGUUGACUCAGAAAAUGAUCGAUCAUGGGAUUGGUUUCUGAGACAUCUAAGAUCUUUAUUCAUAUUUGGAUCGCUCAAAGACUGCUUGAAAUGGAAUAUGAUUCGAAAUGUCCGUUUCAUAGCAUUUUACUUUAAUAUAAUAUAUCAUAACAUGAGACUGUACGUAUACGUCACUAUAUAA